AAAGGAAAGCUUUUAUUUGCAAACACAGGUGUCGGCCCCAUCUGGCCGGCGGGCUAUAGUUUGCUGACAGCUAGUCUGGAGCAGUGGGCUUCAGGCUGAGGGAACAGGCUCGUUUCCUUUCAUGCCUGGAGUCAUGUCACAGAGUCAUCUGCAUUCCAGAAACAUCUCAUACAACAGAACUGCUCUUAAAACGUGAAAGGAAAGCAAUGAAUGCCACACCAGGGUGAAGACUGCGGCCACCGUAGCCACCGUGAACUCUCUGCGCCGGGCUCCCCUGCCUGGAUAGCUCCAGAUCGGCAGUGAUGAGAAGGGAGCUGGAAAUGACCGCAGUGCCUGACGACCCCUCAGGACACUGAAAAAAAUUAAAUCAACACGUGCCGCCUGUCCCUUCUCCCAGGCCUGGCUCUGAGCUGCCCCAUGGAUCGGAAUCAUCUUCGGCAGCAGCCAGGGUCCUUGGUCAGCCAGGGGUCAGGCUACCCAUGACACUCGCUCCUGAGGCCAUGGGAGAAGUCUCGAAUUCCCAAGAGGGUCUGGGAGGGGUGCCCGCACCUGCCACCCGAGCAGUUUCGAAGUUUGCCUCAGGGACGUGCUGAGAGCCAGAGCCUCAGGUGGACCGGGUUCUGCCCCCACGUGGUGUGAGCCAGCAGCGUGGGCCAGGGAGAGGCGGUCCCCGAGAUCAUGAAAACUUGAGCUCCUGAGCACGUUUGCUGACUCGCCUUGUCUCUCUCUCCUCUUCCCCCGUCUCUCCCUGCCCCCUCAUUCCUCACUCCUUGGGAGGCCAUGUGUGAGAAGCCAUGUUGUAGGGAGCAAAGCCCUCAUGGGGCAGCUGGGAGACCCCAGCCAGGUCCUCAGACACAGCCCCACCUUCCUCCCAGCAGCGCAGCUCAGCUGCUCCAGACGCCUGAGCCACAGAAACCAGGACAUAGUGAUGUCUACCAUGAGUUGCUAAGUUUGGGGGUGAUUUGUUAGGCAGCGCAGGUGGUUAGGAAAUUGGCCUGGAGCUGGCCUGGACUGGGGUUUCGCCUGUGGGGUGAGGGUGGUGGAGGAAAGGAGAGACAAGGGCGGGGCCUGAACAGCAUGGGACUCCGUGCCACGUUUGCCCUGAGUUGGGGUGAGCCUGCCCUGCUGAGCCCCGCAGAGCCCCAGGCUGUCUGUCAGGGCAGAAGAGAGCACCAGUUGCCCCAUGGUGCUUCAUCCUCAACAGGACCCCUGGCUGCCUAAGAGCCGGAAACCCCGAUCCAGCUGAAACCACAAAGCAGGUGUUGGCCCCAUAUACCUGGUGACAGCGGUGGUGGCUUUGCUUCAGGGAAGACUCCACAGGCAGCUCCUGUGUCCCCCACCCUCCAUGUCUCUGGGAAGCAGGCUCUGUGUGUGGACCCCUGAGAUUUACUGGGGAGCAGUACCUAACUCACCCCAUGUAAAGAAGAAGGGAGGCCCGCAGAGUGAGAUGGCUCAUGCCUGUAAUCCCAGCACUUUGGGAGGCUGAGGUGGGCGGAUCACAAGGUCAGAAGUUCCAGACCAGCCUGAGCAACAUGGUGAAACUCCAUCUUUACUAAAAAUAAAAACAUUAGCUGGGCAUGGGGGCAAGUGCCUGUAAACCCAGCUAAUCAGGAGGCUGAGGCAGGAGAAUCAUUUGAACUGCGAGGCAGAGGUUGCAGUGAGCUGAGAUCAUGCCACUGUGCUCCAGCCUGGGUGACAGAGGGAGAAACUGUCUCAAAAAUGAAGGAAGAAAGGAAGGAAGGAAGGAAGAGGUAUGGGGCACCUGACUUAGGUGGGGGUCUGAUCGUGUGUCAUGGAAACAACGCCUUCCGGAAAGGUUUCUCCACACCACAUCCGUGCUCUAUAGAUGGGACCGUGGUUAGCAGCAGGGGUCUUAUCCUUAACCUGGCUGGUGGCGCCAACCAGUCCCUCCUCUGGCUGACUUCUAACUUCUCCUUUCGAGAUGCAAUGUGGAAGGCUGAAAAGGAUUAAGGGUCUCCUUCCUCAUUAUCUACCUGUGACCUGGAAGCCCCCCACCCAACCUUCAAGUUGUCACCUUUCUGGGCCCAACAGACAUACAUCUUAUAUUUUUUCUGUCUCUUUUUUUUCCAUCUUACACAUAUGGAUGUCUCAUGUCUCCCUAAAAUGUAUAAAAACAAGCUGUACCCCAACCACCUUAGGCACAUGUCCUCAGGACCUGCUGACACUGUGUCAUGGGCUUGUUCUCAAUGUCGGCAAAACCAGCGUUCUAAGUUGAUUGAGAUCUGUCUCAGAUGUUCUGGAUUCACAGCUAAGCUGCUCGGUUACAAUUGAAGGCUCAAGGUUAGGGGUUUUUCAAAGGCAGUUUGGUGGGCAGAGGGCUAGGGUAUGGGGAGUGCUCACUGGUUGUGUCUAAGAUGAAAUCAAGUUGUCUUUUUUUUGCUGAGGGGCUUCUGGGUGGGGCCACAGGAACUGUAGUCUAGCUGGGUCCAUCCGUGUCAGACAUGCAGGAAACCUGAAAAGGUAUCUCAAAAGGCCAAUCUUAGGUUCCACAAGAGUGACAUGAUCUGCACGAGUAACUGGGGAAGUUGGUUAUAUUGUGACCUCCAGAAUAAUGGCUGAUGAAAGUUUAUGUCUACACCUUAGUGGAAUUCAGGCUCCUCUACCCUCCUAGCCCAGUGGGUUCACCUUGCCCACUGCCUAAACACACCCAAUUUAUCAAGACAAGGGAAUUGCAAUGGAGAAAGAGUCACUCACACAGAGCCAGCUGUCUGGGAGACCCGAGUUCCAUUACAGUCAAAUCAGUCUCCCCGGGCAUUCAGGGAUCAGAGUUGUUUCCCCCCCCUUUUUUUCCAUUUUGUGGGGGAUCAGAGUUUGUAAGGAUAAACUGGAGAGUAUGGGCUGGGAAAGUGGUGAGUGCUGAUUGGUCAGGUUGAAACUAAAAUCACAGGGUGUCAAAAUGAGUUCUGGCUGAUUUCUGUUCCUGGAUGGGAUCACAGAAGUGCUGGAGCCAGAUUAUCCAUCUGGGCGGUGUCAUCUGCUGAAUCCCAAUGCAGGGUCUAGAAAAUAUCUCAAGCACUGAUCUUAGGUUUUGCAACACGGAUGUUAUUCCCAGGAGCAACUUGCGGAGAUUCAGACUCUUGCAGCUGGAGGUCGCGUGGCCCCUAAGCUGUAAUUUUUACUCUUGUAGCUUGUUAGUCCUACAGAGGCCGACUGUCCCCAGACAAGAUGGAUUUUUUGGGGAAAGGGCUAUUAACCAUUUUGUUUCAGAGUUUAAUCUAUAAACUCCUUCCCAAAGCUAGUUCAGCGUACAUCCAAGAGUGAACGCAGGAAGCUUAGCGGUUAGAAGGAAGAUGGGGGUGGAUUACGAGAUGUUUCCCUAUCAUCUUUUCUUCAGUUAUGAUUUCUGCAAUGGCGGUUUCAGUGGUCUCCCCAUUAGCUUUACAAAGGCUGUUUUGGCUAUUAUUUAAAUUAUAAGUGUCUCCCAAAGUUAGCUUUGCUUAUCCAGGAACAAUCAACGCCAACUGCAAGGCGGGGCUUGGCCAGAUCUCCUUCGGAUUCGCGUCACUGACAGAACUGCAAAGGCGGCCUCAGAAUGCCCGUCUUAAUGCACCUGUAGCCCAUGUAACGCCAUGUGGGGAGGGUCUUCUCUGACUUCUAAAAGGCUGAAAUGCUUGUAAGGGCUCUGCCGGACCCGCUCGUGCGUCUUUCCUAUAAAUGCGUCUUUAGUAAAUGCCGGGAGGGAGGGAGCCCAGGAAUGAACACAGCCCCAGGGCCGCCCUGGGUUUAUCUGAAUGGUAACUUGGGGCUGUGCAAAGUCCACCCAGACAGGCCUAGGCACUCCACCACGGUCGGGCGUGGGGCCGAGCCCACCCCACUCGGUUCCUGGAAGCGGCAGUUCAGCCCUCAAGGGGCCGACUCAGGAACCGCCGCUGGCACCCACCCACUGCUCACCGCGCGCUUCCGGGGUCACUUCAGAGCCAGGUGCCCUGCGCUGCGCGUGCGCAAAAGCGGAGCCAACGUGUCAGAGUUGCCCAUGGGGCUCCGGGGCGCUCGCGUAGCCCCGCCCUCCUCGCUAAGCCGCCAAUGGGCUCUCAGGAUCCGCCCCUGACGACGCGGGCCCCGCCCCUGGAGACGCGCGCUACGAAGUCGUCACCUGCAGAGGAGCCGGAGGCCGGGGUCGCCCGCCGGUCGGGCCUGGGGUCCGCGGCGCGGCCGCCAUGAAGCUGACGCGGAAGAUGGUCCUGACCCGGGCCAAGGCCUCGGAGCUGCACAGCGUGCGCAAGCUCAACUGCUGGGGCAGCCGCCUCACAGAUAUCUCCAUUUGCCGGGAGAUGCCCAGCCUGGAGGUGAUCACGCUCAGUGUCAACAGCAUCUCCACCCUGGAGCCCGUGAGCCGGUGCCAGCGCCUGAGCGAGCUGUACCUGCGGAGGAACCGCAUCCCCAGCCUGGCCGAGCUCUUCUACCUGAAGGGGCUGCCACGCCUGCGGGUGCUGUGGCUGGCUGAGAACCCGUGCUGCGGCACCAGCCCCCACCGCUACCGCAUGACCGUGCUUCGCACGCUGCCGCGGCUGCAAAAGCUGGACAACCAAGCUGUGACAGAGGAGGAGCUGUCCCGCGCACUGAUGGAGGGAGAGGAGAUCGCCGCGCCGGAAGGAGAGGGCACGGGUAACGGCUGCCCCAAGCCGGGCUUCGCGCUGAGCUCCCUCAGCUCUGCCGCCGAGACUGGCCAGGACCCGCUGGACAGCGAGGAGGAGGCAAUCAGCACUCAGGGUGAGCUUGGCCUGAAGCCCUGUUCCCAGGACCAGUUUCCUUCCUUCUUACCCAGGGAUACUUUGAGCAGCCACAGGAACAGGAACGUCCUCACCGCGAUUCUGCUGCUACUGCGGGAGCUGGACGCCGAGGGGCUGGAGGCCGUACAGCAGACAGUGAGCAGCCGGCUGCAGGCCCUGCGGGGGCAGGAGGUACAGGAGCACGCACAGUGACCGCCCACAGGACCUGAGCUCCGUGGCACCCUCCACGUACCCCAGCAUCUUCCCCAGCCCCCGGGAGCUGGCAGCUGCCAUGGCCACAGCCCCGGCCCCGGCCCCACACAGAAGCCUCCCCAGUUUGCCACACUAGCCAAGGGCAGGAGGGGUGUUAGGUGCUGGCUGGCCGGCUGAGGUGGCAGACGCCUGCCCACACCAGGAUGUCCCCAGGACUCCCCUUCUGUGGUCAGGAGGGUCUUUGUCUCCCUGAUAAAGGGUUUCCCCAAGUCUCAUCUGGAAGCAACAUUUUUCCCAAGGCAUGGCCCUGACGGUCUUCCUGGAAGCAAGGGCCGUUUCUAAACAGCGAGGUGUUCACAGGUGGCUGAUGCCAGCCUUUGGUCAUUGCAUAGAUUCCUGCUGAGCAAGGGAGACUUCCAGGAAGCGUCCACAGGGACCCUUGCCCUGAGCUGCUGUCGGCAGGCAGGCAGCACCCUCAGGAAAGGGAGGUUUCCUUGCCGGGCGGGGCAGGUGUGCCUUCCUUUCUCUGUCCUGUGAAGAGCUGCAUUGGGGCCCUCCACUGUCCCAGUGAGGCUGUGGAUGGACAGGCCUGUUCCCUCUGGGGUCCGGGCCUGGCACAAGAAGCAGCUGGGCUGGGGGAGUCUGUGGAGCAACUGAGAGGGGUUUUCUUUCCUCUGGGAAGAGGCACAAGUCUUACGAGGAUGCCAGGGCCCAGGCAGUGACCCACAGCCCUGCGGAGACUUCCCAGUGCCCCCAAAAAUCCAGGGAGCGUUCACGUGAGAGGGGGAGUCAGCCUUCCAGCUGGUGUGUAGGAAAGCCAGCUACCUGGGCCCUUGUCCUGAGUGGGGUUUGGACCCAGACCUCCGUGAGAUGUCCCUGUCUGUCACCAAGUGGUGAUGGGUGGCCACGUGUGCAGGCCACCACUCUCCCAAGCCUGGGCCAUGCUCAUCGUCCACUGCUACCAGAGCCGGCUGCAUCAUCAGGGCAGCCACUGUCCCCGCCGCCAGAGCCGGCUGUGUCACCAGGGCAGCCACCAUCCCCGGACUCGGGGAAACCGGGGCAGCCACCGUCCCCAGACUUGGGGAAACCCAGGGUGAAGACAGUCGCUCACACAUACAAGUUCUUCAGGAGGGGCGUGAUCUCUGAGCAGUGGAGUGCGGGGUCACUGCUGGGGAUGUGGAGGGUGCACAGUUCAGGCCUGUCUGCCUCCUUGUGACUGGUGGGGGAGGAUGUCCUCAGUAAAGCGCUUUGUUAGAAAA